CUUUAAAACGAGGCCUGGUAAACAGGAAUUGUAAAUGUGUAUAUAGCAUGUUGUGACUGUAUUCAGUAUCUGAAUCCUAUAUUACCUUGCCUCGUCUAUUUUGCUUUGCAGCCUGGAAUUAUUCUAAUACUCUGUUCUCAAGUUUGUGUGGUUCUGGAAUCAAAUCUCUUUAUGUUAUUGCUAAAGAUUUUGUAUAGUGAUUGGUCCUGAAACUUAUCCAGAACCGUCUGGUUUAGCUUUUGUUGAACCCGGAUUAGUUGGGAGGUCGGACGCUUCCGGUGCCGGUUUUGUCAGCAUGAAGAAGGAGCAAGUGUUAAAUUGCCAAUUCAGUCAGUGGUACCCGAGGUUCAAGAAGCUUAGUAUCAGGAGUGUUGUUAUUCCUUUGCCUGAAAAUGUGAAGGACUAUUUACUCGAUGAUGGUACUCUUGUUGUCUCUGGAAGGGAAGAAUCCCCAGGGUGCUCCCAAAGAGACCUUAAUAGUACAGCAGAGGAUGAAGUGCAGUGGUCAGAUGAUGAAAACACAGCUACUCUUAAGGCCCCAGAAUUCCCAGAAUUUUCUAUUAAAGUACAGGAAGCUAUUAAUUCACUUGGUGGCAGUGUUUUCCCAAAACUAAACUGGAGCUCUCCAAGGGAUGCCUAUUGGAUUGCCUUGAAUAGCUCUUUGAAAUGCCAAACUCUUAGUGACAUCUUUCUACUGUUCAAGAGCUCAGAUUUUGUUACUCAUGACUUCACCCAACCGUUUAUUUACUGUGCAGAUGAUUCUCCAGAUCCCAACAUAAAAUAUGAGCUUGUCCUAAGAAAGUGGUGUGAACUGAUACCGGGAGCAGAAUUCAGGUGUUUUGUUAAAGAAAACAAACUUAUAGGUAUUUCUCAAAGAGACUAUACACAGUAUUAUGACCACAUUAGUAAGCAAAAAGAAGAAAUCCGUAAAUCAAUACAAUAUUUCUUUCAAGAACAUAUUCAGUACAAUUUUCCAAAUGAGGACUUUGUUUUUGACGUAUAUAAAGACAGCCAAGGCAAGAUAUGGUUAAUAGAUUUUAAUCCAUUUGGAGAAGUAACCGACUCUCUCCUGUUUACCUGGGACGAGUUAAGGAGGAGCUGGAACCUAAGUGAUGUAGAAAAUGAGGAACAGGAUUGUCCAACAUUUCGAUAUACAAACAGUGAAGUCACUGUUCAACCAAGCCCUUUUUUAAGUUACCGACUUCCAAAGGAUUUUGUAGACCUUUCAACUGGAGAAGAUGCCCACAAAUUGAUUGACUUUCUUAAGCUAAAUCGUAAUGAGCAAGAUGAGGACUCUGAUUAGACUGGUUUAUUCUUCUGCAGGGACAUGAGGGACUUCAGAUUCCUUUCAAGUAACCAUGACAUGAACUCUACGCUGGUGUCUUUGCCCAGUUCUUAUAUGCCCUGAGCUCACCUGAGCUCAGUACAGUAGAGGCAUCCCUCACUGCUAUCAGGAGCGAAUAACACUAGUGACACCAAAAUGAGUUCAUGUUUACUUUUAUCCAGUUGCUGUACUUUGUUGAAAUAGGUAUACUACAAAUCCAUACUUAUUUAUAUUAUAGAACCAAAUUUAAACUCAAAUAUUGCCUAUUAUGAGAAAUAAAUAUUCUGUUUUCCAGUGCUUUAAAGUAAUGUGGAUUUAAGGGAUCAGAUUUGGUUUGGUUAAACAAUAAGGAUUUGGCUAAAUAGAAAUCCUACAAAAAGUGCUGGGAUUUGUCCAUCUCCUAGAUUCAAGUAUGUUUAAACAUGCAUAAACUGCAUUAGUGCACUCUCAAGUUAAUAGUUGUUUAGUUAAUAGGAGUGAAUGGAACCUGACAAAAUAAUAAUAAUAAUUAAGGAAAUAAUUUCAUGCACUCUGCAGCCUAAGACAGCUUGUGAUACCUAAAUGAUGUCUUGGAGCUACAGUAAACUAUCAGUUUAUGGGUUUUUAAAAUACGUAAAUGACUGGUCCAUUUUAAUUUUUGUUUUGUGUAUUUUAUAUCAUGUUCAUUUUAUUUCAGAGUUGUUAAUUUCAGUUUACAUCAAGGCAAGUCUUAAUAUCUUUUAAUAAACAACCUUCUGCUUU